CCACAGCGUACCUUAACCUCAAUUUUCGACAUUGAUUUUUUAGGUUAUGAACAAAGCGAUUAUGUUUCGUAAAAUACUCCACAACUUACCAAAAUAUCAUCUGAGUAGGUGGAAUCUCUGCAAAAAUAGUCAAAUUAUCAACAAUAUCUCCAAACACGUCCCUAGAAACUUCCACACAAAUACUAAUUUUUGCUACGCACAAACACAAAGCGCAAGAAACCUUGAAAACGAAUUUUUGGUUAAACUCAAGAAUGAUCCUGAUUCCUUUGGACAUCAAGAAGCCGAGGAGGAUGUAUUGGACCCCGGUGACGUAAAGGAAGAAGAAUACAUACAAGAAAAACCCGUGCAUUUCCAAGUGUUGACGACAAAACAGUAUGCAGAUAUAAUAAAAGACCAUUUAAGGAAGCGAAAGCUGAAGGAAGCUAUUGACAUAGUCGAGGUGCAGAUGAUAAAGGAACACAGGGUGAAACCGCCUGGCUACAUUUACAACUUGUUAAUAGGUGGUUGCGGUCGAGUGGGUUACACCAAGAAGGCGUUUUCACUCUACAAUGAAAUGAAAAGGCGAGGGUUAGAUGUUACCCCGGGCACAUACACAGCUUUAUUUAAUGCUUGUGCUAACAGUCCGUGGCCCACCACUGAUGGUCUCAGUCGAGCCACCCACUUACUAAACAACCUAAGGGAAAAAAUGUAUAUUCCGAACCUCACAAACUACAACGUGAUGAUCAAGGCUUUCGGACGAGCCGGAGAUUUAACAACAGCUUUCAGUCUAGUCGACGAAAUGUCCGCCAGACACAUAGGCAUCAUGGAUGAUACCUUUAACUUUCUUCUGCAGGCGUGCAUCACGGACAAAGAGGCUGGAUUUCGACACGCCUUGUUGGUGUGGCGUAAGCUUGUUCGAAGAAAAAUAAAACCGUCGUUAUUUACCUACAAUUUAAUGCUCAGAUGUAUACGUGACUGCGGUUUGGGUGACAUCAGCGUAACGACUGACGUCAUUAACACAUUGCUGGAGGAAGGUAGACCCGAGCUGCGCCUUUUAGAGUCGGAUACAACACAACAAGCGAAUGCUUUGAUAGAAACUCCAAAUCUUAUGGCACCUGUGCCUUGUCUGGGCAAUAUUCUCUUGUUAUCCACUGUUCUAAAGGCGGAAGAUCGCCUCCUGCUUGUAGGCGGUUGGUCGGGAUUUCUAGAGAAUAUGGCCGAUCACAAUUGUACUCCGGAUGUGAAAACAUUCACACAACUUUUAGAUAGUGUCCCACCGACUAGAGCCGCCGAAGCUGAUUUACUUAGAGCUUUAAAAGCGAAAGGUGUAAAACCGGACGUGGACUUCUUUAAUAUGCUCAUCAAAAAACGUAGCUGCCGUUUUGACUACGAGGGGUGCAAAGAGGCGCUCGCAAUGCUCACUGAUGAAGGUUAUCGACCAAACUUGGUUACAUAUGGUGUCCUGUCAAUAGUAUGCAAAAAUCAAGAGGAGGCUCUCUCGGUCAUUCACGAAAUGUCUCAAGCUAACUAUAGAAUGAAUAUUGAGAUAUUGGGAGCUAUGUUAACGCAAGCUUGCUACCAUAACAACUUUAAGUAUGUCCUAUUUUUGAUGGAAACGUGUUUAUCUGAAGGAAUACAGCCGAGCACGAAAUUCAUGCAGAAACUUGAGGAGUUUAGAAAGAAGAGCAAAUAUAUUUCAAAUGACAAGGAAAAUCCACUCUCAAAAUCGACAACGUUUCAAAAAGGUUACAAAAUGUUUAAAGGCAGGUAUAAGGAGUGGUGUGAUGAGAUAACGGUCGAAGAGGAACAGGUCCAUCCGUGGCAGCAGUAUAGACAAAGAACCGAUACGGAUUUGCGACAUUAUAAGGAAAAGGAUGCUAAAACACGUUUUAAACCUGUUCAUACCAGUUUGUAUAGGCAAAAGACUUCAAUACGAAAUGUUCGAACUAGAAAAUAAAUUUAUUUUGUUGUUUUUA